AUGGAGCCUUUACCGGAGAAUCACAAAUCCAAACACCCAGAGCUGGCCUACGACGUUGAGCCGAAUUACCAGCCCUCUAUCAAGGUUUCCGUCUACUUUCGCAAGCGUGAUGGAAUUUCAUCCGAACAAUUUCACAAGCACUGGGAAACUGUCCAUGCAGACCUAGCCGCUGCUACCCAGGCUUUUCAAAACCACAUCCUGCGUUAUGUUCAGCAUCAUCAAACUCCCGACAUGAAGGCGCGUGCCGCCAGCCUAGGAGAAAUUGUUCUCGAAUACGAUGGGUGUGCCCAGCUAUGGGUGCGAUCAUGGAGUGACUGGCAGAAGUUUUAUAAUAGCGCUGAAUAUACAGCUGCUCUAAGUGAUGAUUGGUAUGAAAAUCUAGUCGUUGGUGAUGCAUCUGGUGUGAUUGGUGGCAAGGAUGGAAUGACGACCCAGGUGGCUAAGGAGGCUACAAAGAGCUGA